AUGGAGGGCCCCUACUGCAAGCCCACCUGGCUGACAUCCUCCUGGUCCGAGUCCAACGUCCCCCGCAAGGUCGACUGCGAGCGGCUCGCCAAGUUCGUCCAGAACAAUAGUGCCCGCGUCAAGUUUAAGGACCGUGACGUUGGCUACUGGGCCAAGUUCGCCGCCCACGGCACCUGCGGCAUCAUGUUCAAGACCACCAAGCCCGGCAUCGUCGUCACCAACAGAGACAUGCUCCGCUUCGUAGACAACGUCAUCCGCUGGGAGGAGUGCAACACCGACGACGGCGGCGUCACCGGCAAGAUGGGCGUCUGGUGCAUUCUCGACGGAAGCAGGCCCAUCCACAACGGCGAGUUCAGCCUCUUCUGGCGCAACCCCAACCUUCCCUCCGGCGAGCUCGACCGCCGCGACAGCGACAUCGAUGCCGAGGCCUUCAAGACCCCCGACUACAGCAACAUCAAGCUCGUCGAGGCCAACGCCACCGAGCCCAACGCCCCCGCCGACGAUGCCGCCCACGUCACCUGGGUCGACGUCGCCGUCCUUGACAAGGACGGCAACAACGCCACCUUCCAGGUCAACGGCAACGUCCGGUCCGAGGUCAAGACGCUCGGCGGCAAAUCCGAGCAGGUCAUCACGCCUCUGGGCCCCUCGAAGCGCUGCAACGGCAAGACGAUCUGGAUGGGCGGUGCGCACAAGGACUCGGCGCUCGUCGAGGACUGCAAGACGCUCAUGAUCUACAUCCGCGAGCACCGCAAGUUCUGGAUGUUCAACGCGGACGAGGUGCGCGCCGCGCGCGUCGGCGACCUGACCCCGAUCAUCAAGUACCAGACGUGCCACUUCGCGUACGGCCCGCGCUACUUCAGCGUCAUCGGCAACAUGGACAUUGAGCGUCUGCUCGAGGGCGCCAUCGAGCACCUCGACAACACCCACGGUCGCAUGCGCGGCUGGGGCAACAUCGGCUGCGACCUCGAGGAGCAGUUCGGCAACAAGGCCCACGGCGCCUGGCAGAUCUACCCCUAG